AUGUACCCGGAUAUUUUUUCAAAAGAGCUUGGUAUAUGUGAAAAAAUUAAAGUAAAGUUUCAGUUAAAAGAAAAUGCGGUGCCAGUGUUUAAACCAAAAAGGAAUGUACCAUUUGCAGUGUUGAAUCAAGUUGAGAAGGAAUUAAAAUUAUUGGAAGACCUGGAAGUAAUUGAAAAAGUGGAUUACUCGGAGUGGGCAGCUCCUACAGUAUAUAUAAAAAAGAAGAAUAACAAGGUAAGAGUAUGUACGGACUUGUCAACUGGGCUGAAUGACUGUUUAAAAAAGUAUAAUUAUCCGCUGCCAAAUCCAGAGGAAGUAUUUGCCAAGUGCAAUGGUGGGAAAAAUUUUUCCAAGCUGGAUUUGUCUGAGGCCUACCUCCAAUUACAGGUAGAUGAAGAAUGUGCUAAAGUAUUGACAAUUAAUACUCAUAAAGGUCUGUACCGUUUCAAAAGACUGCCAUUUGGGGUGAAGGUUGCACCAGCAAUAUUUCAGUAA